AUGAGGAUCUAUCAGGUGGUACUACUGCUAGUGUUGUCCUUCACGGUUAGCCAUUUGUACAACUACGGAAAGUUGAAAUGUGGGAAAUGGACUGUUAGAAAGUACUCCGAACGGGUAAGGUGGAGAAUGCUUAACGGGGAAGUCGAUGAAGAUUUCCUACAAAGCGGUAAUUUACCAGAUGGAAGAAAUGAUGAGCAUAGUGUGAAUGAAGAGAUCUCACGUGCAGUUCCAAGUGAAGAGGUUGAAUUUAUUGACAAGGAUACUGGAGAGAGUAUGCAUGUAGAUGUGGAGGAGUUAGGUAGGAACCAUUCUCAUCGUGUCACGGAAAGUGGACCCUCUAUGCGUAGCAGGAAUGGCAGGGAUGUGCAUGCUGACCAAGAGACAGGAGAAAUACCGCAGGGAAAUGAUGGGGGAGUAGAGAAAACUGAUUCAAGUUUGAUAGAGAAGAACACAGUGGAAGGUGGCAGCGAUGGGAGGUAUCUUCUCAUGCAACAUGGAGAAGAAGAAAAGGAGAAGCAGCCCAAAAGAAGCAUACAAGGUAGCAGUGCAGAGGAGGGACUAAAGAGCAUACCAAAUGACACAAUGACGGCCAUCAAGGGUAAGGAGUUGAACUGGCUCAGAAAUAUAAUUAGCAAAAUUAAUUAUGUGCAAGCGAUUGGGGAACUGCUAAAAGUGGCUGACGAAGGGGAAAGACAGUCCUCUGGAAGAAGCAUCCUUUGGAAGGCAGAAAAGGAAGGAGAAAAUGGACGAGAUAAGGAACGAGAAAAGGAACGAGAAGAGGAACGAGAAAAUGCUGCACUUGGGGACAUUCUGGGGGGAAAUAACCCAAAUGGAGGGAAAAAGGGGGAGCUUCCGAAUGGAGCUAAGAACGAUGAAAUGAUAAAGGGAUAUGCAAAUGUACUGUUAAACGAAAGGAAGAACAUGUUGAAGGAAAAUGUUCGCAAUUUUUUAAGCAGAGUUUUUAACCUAAUCGUUCGCGAAAAGCUAAUGACUCGCAUUUGCAACAGGGGGGGGGAAGUCCCCGGGGGUGCGCAGCAGGAUGGGGCGGACAAGCCAAAGGGUGAGGAGUGUGCUAAAAGGCGAACUGGCGACUGCAGCCGGGGGAAGGCCUCCUCUCAUCCAAGCGGCGAUUCAGGCGGUGAUUCAAGCGGCGGUCCAAGCGGCAAUCCAACCGUUGAUCCAAAGGGGGACCACACGAACUGCCACCUGCCCAAGCUGAGUGGAACGAAGUUCUACCAGUCGGAAGACCUCUACAACUACUACAGCUCUCUGGAAGAAAUGCUAAAAAGCAGGAACAUUCGCUGGAAAACGGAUCGGGUGUCAAGGUACUUCACCUUCUACCCGAGCAAAAAAAUAAAAGACAGCAUGGAAGAUGUAAUGGAGAACAAAAUAUUCAUAGAAUCCGUUAGAAGCGUUUUAUUCGACUCACAUGAAAAAAACAAACAAAAUGUUUACACAAGUUUUGCCGUUGUUGUUGAGACACUGUUUUCUUUGAUAAAGGAAGAAAAGGUAAUUGCUGAUAUGUAUUCUUAUGUGAACUUAUUUUUCCAAGACAUAGACAUAUUGAACAUUAAGGUGUUAAAUUUUCUCAAAAAUUCUUCAACUGAAAAUCAUAAUUUUGGAGGUACCCCCGAUUUGUCCCUUACCAAUUUUGAAUACAUUUUGGCUAAGAUAUAUUCUCGUUCCGUUUUGGCUAACAUUUUUAGCACAAAAAUGAAUCACUCCGAUUCGAAAAAAUUGUCAAGAUUUCUCAUCAGUAGGAAUAACGAUUUGAAGUUUACUUUUCUGGAGAAGGUGCAGAACGUGAAUUCCGUUACUCCCAGUGAUGAAGGCGUUUCAGCCAUGGUCUUAACAAAAGAGGGGGGUGAAGUGAAUGUCCCCAUCCCGGUGACGGAUGACACGCUGUGCAAAUUUAUUCCCAUUCGGAAGAAACUACUGUACGAAAAACUAAGCGUCACGAGGAAAAUCGCAGAAGAAGUAAUCCUGGACUACCUGUUCCGAUUACUCCUGAGGAAGGUGCAUGAAUAUGUGAUGGAGUGA